CAUCAGGGGAUCUCGAGGACACAUAUAGUUUCCAGGAUACAUAUCUUCAGCUCCUCAGGAUAUUCGACAAUAGUAUCGGGAAGCUCGCAGAGGUAUGGGCCUAAUCCUGUUAGCGCUUGGUCAAAUUUCGUCCAUGCGUGGUAUCCUUGGACAGAUCUCUCAGCAGACACCUGAGUGCUCCCGCUUCAUCAGAGAUUGUUCAGAGACCAAGAGCUUCUGGAAGAGACUCGGGAAAGACAUUCUCACCGAAACAAAUAAUGAAAUUAAACGUCACAGCGAUGCGUUGGAUGCCCUCAUGCAAAGCUUCCGGAACUGAGUUGCUUGGGACGUAGCUAUUUACACCCACCGUACAGGCGAACUACUGGACCUCAGUGGUAUAACUUAUGCAGCGAACGCAGGGCUAGACACCAGGAAAC